AUGUUUAGGAUGUUUGAUUAUUUUCAGGAAUUGUAAAUUGUAGAAUAUUUCUUCAGAACGUAGAUGUGUACUUCCUUUUCCGGUAAAAUCCCAACAUGGCGGGCGCUGCUGAAAGAGAGAAGAACAAUGUCAUGCGCAACUUGCGCAUCGUCAAACUCUGUCUCAACAUCUGCGUUGGGGAAUCUGGUGACAGAUUGACUAGGGCAGCUAAAGUGUUGGAACAGCUCACUGGUCAACAGCCUGUCUUCUCAAAGGCCCGCUACACUGUACGAUCUUUUGGAAUCAGAAGAAAUGAAACCAUUGCUGUGCACUGCACAGUCCGUGGAGCCAAAGCUGAGGAGAUUUUGGAACGUGGUUUGAAGGUUAGGGAAUACGAGUUGAGGAAGAACAAUUUCUCUGCCACAGGAAACUUUGGAUUUGGUAUCCAGGAACACAUUGAUUUAGGGAUCAAGUACGAUCCUUCUAUCGGAAUCUACGGCAUGGACUUUUAUGUCGUACUUGGAAGACCAGGUUUCAACAUCGCCCAGAGACGGAGGCGCAAGAGCAAGAUCGGCUGUAAACACAAGGUCAAUAAGGAUGAGUCGAUGAAGUGGUUCCAACAUAAGUAUGAUGGUAUCAUUCUUCCUGGAAAGUAAAGAGAGACAGUGAAAAAAAAAAAAGACAUUACUCCUCUGUGUCGGCAUUAAACUGGCUGUGACGAGAA